AUGUAUUCUGUACCGCCUCGUAAACCACGUGCGCUUAUGCGUGAACGAAAAGAUGAAGGCAUUGGAAAUGCUCAAUGUCAAAAAUGUUUAGAAAAAGGUCACUGGACAUAUCAAUGUACACGUAAAAGAAAAUAUGUUGAACGACCAUCGCGUACACAAUUACUUGAAAAACGUAUCAAACAAAUAAAAAAAAGUAAAGAAGAUGAAGAAAAAAAUACCAAUGAAUCAAAAAAGAAACAAUUAAUGAGCCAAUUACAAACAAUUCAAUUUAAUAAAACUAAAAAAACUACUGAUGAUGGAAAUUCAUCGGAUUCAAGUAGUUCAUCAUCAUCAUCGUCAUCAUCUUCAUCAUCGUCAAGCGGCUCUUCUAGUGGCAGUAGUAGUAGCAGCAGUAGUGGUAGUUCAAGCGAUGAUGAUGAUGAUGAAAAAUCUUCAUCGGGUACGGAUCAAGAAUCACCAAAGAAAAAAAUCAAGACUUAA